AUGAAGGUUAUUGCCUUGUUAUUCAUCUUAGCCGUUUCUACUGUCUUAGCUACAAGAGCAGCCCAGAAAGUUGAGAGAGGCUCUCAAUUGAUCACUCUCUUUGAGGAGCGUCCAGGAACUUACCUCACAAUGUUCUAUGACCACAAUUCUGAUAAGGGAAGAAUUUCCAAAGCCAGAAAUGAUGCCAGAGACCAAAUAUUAGCCAGACACCCAUAUAUUACUUAUAACGAAGUUGAUGUUGACGACUCUGAGUUCCAAGACGUUGUAAAACUAAUUGACCUUGAUAAGGUAGAGUGUGAGCAUAGACCAUCUUUCCUAGUAUUGACCCAAGGACUUGGAUACAUUGCUCAUGGAGAAGACGCCAUCACUGAUAUUGUUAAAAGUUUAUCCUCAAAAGACUGGUAUCUCGCUCAUAGACAUCAAAGAACCGCUGCAGAAGUUGAAGCUGAAAAGGCUGCUGCUAACGGAACCUAACUCUAUA